UCUUACCUGAUACAGGGAAACAGUUCCCCGGAAUAAUUUCACUGUUUUCCCGCCAUUUAUCGACAUAUUUUUCGUGAAAACAUUCAUAAUUUACAGCGUUCUCCUGAUCGCAGUCAUAAUUUAAAGCCGGAAAUUGACAAAGUGUUGAUUACCCAAAGCUUUACCCAGAUUCAACGAAUCUAGGUUUUCGGGUUACCCGGAUUUUGACAACUGCUAACAACAUGAAAAUCCGGGUCGAAUCGACCCAGUCGAUGGAUAGUUUCAGGUUAGCGUGUAGCUAAGCCGACUUCUUCUGACACUUUGAUCCACUGUUUCUUCAAAACCAAUUCAUUUUCGAAUACUAGGUUAGAAUAAUAGGUGUUUUACGGGGUUUGACCUUUAUGAUAGACCUUAACACCUUUAACACCUCCCUUGCCUUUACCGGAUUAGCUGUCGUUAGUUUUCUGCAGCUGUCUGACCUCCGCUGAGUCAUCUGGAUUUCCUUGAAUGAAUUCAACAUCCGGAACACCGCCGAAUGACUCAAACUUAGAUGUUUUCCGAUCCAUCUACAAUGAGAAACAGUACUUAAAAUUGGAUUAUCCACAACUUUGCACACAAUUUUUCUGGCGGAACCUGUUCUUGUUUCGAUGCCAUCUCGAUAACUUAUUGACAGCUUAUGAUAAAAUCCUGCGAACGUAAACAUUACACUUUUAGCUGGUUUCAGACAAACUUUCAUUAAUUGUUACCCACAAAAUGAAAAGGUACAAGCUAGAAAAUAAACAACAUCCGAAUUUUGAAACCGAACAGUACAAUUCGGCUCGUUAGCAGCGCCUACUUUUCUCCUCUGAAUAACCAUUUGACUGAUUUUUUUCCUGUCUCACUCGACAACAUCGAACCGUUCGAUUUUAAGUUGUUUAUCAUCUGUUCGUCGUUGUCAUCGCCGGUUUUUCUCCCGAAGCACCAAACAGGUCAAAAGGAACACACCGCAGACAGUUCGGGGACCCGUGACAUCUGGCGAGUGACCUUCCCUCGAAAAUGAAAAUUAAUGCACGGAAAAUUAGGACUGCAUUGCGACUAGAUUUCUUGUUUUCCUGAAACAACAUAUGAACCGGUUUUAUCGAAUGAUUUAGCUGUGGAAAAUUCGAAUGUCCCAUUCGGAGCACGCGGAUACACGCGUAAUAAACAUCACAUGAGAGGAUUCUUUUCUAACAAAUUGAAGAAAAUAAAAUUUUAAUAAUAGACCCGGCCGAGCUUACUCACAUUUUUCGGAAGUUUUCUUCGGCAAAACAAAUUAAUUUUCGGCGUUUGUUGCACACCGAAUAACGUCAUGCAAUUUAUAACAGCAAGAUAAUCUUGAAGUGAUACAGCGGCAUCCCGCUGCCGUCACCAGGCGGCAGAUAAACACAAUGCAAUCAUCAGCUAGCAGGCACGUUUUGUUCGGCAUUUUUGCUUCCAUUAUCGAAUCAGCCUUAUCUUAUCGAAAUGUAGGUUGCCUGGUUACCGACGUGUUUGAGUUUAUUUUUAGCGCAGUAAACAGACGGAAAUAGAAUGCAUAAUGCUAAACUUUCCUGUUUGAAAACGCCUAAUCCCAGCAGGCUGGGUUCAAGCUGCGCAAAGGCCAACUAGACCAACUUUCUGUCCUUUGCCUGAGCUGAGAUGAGAUUUCCAUCGUGUCAUGAUAAGAGCAAAGGGAGCGAUAAGGGGCCACCCCGACCUGAACCUCGUGUCAUCCAUCCAUCCGUAUGCAACUAACAUGUGACUUUCUGUCUCCCGUUAUCUCUCUCCUUUCUCAGUGACCAUUCCGCUCGACGCCUUUGGACACACGCGGGCGCCUCGUGUGCCGCUUGGUGAAUGCCAGCCUACGCCGAGAUGCUGGUAUCGCAAAGCCCGCCGAUCUACAAUCACUCACUCGUGGAUUACAUUUCGAGUCAAACCGGCGGCGACGGGACACGCUUCGGCUGCAGUCCCACCCGUAGCUUCUGUCGGCCCGCGUCGCUGCAGCUCAGUCCGUCGCCACUGCGCCGCCAGGUGGCCACCCCACCGAGCGCGAUCUGUCCGAAGAUGCCGGCGUCACCGAGACGAUCGUGUCUGGUGGUGCGACCGGAAGAUUUUACCCCGGAGGAGGAGCGCACGAUCGAACUGCACCACAGCUCGCUGGAUCCCACGCACGACAAACACCGGAACAAGAAGAAGGUGGUCUUCGCCGACGAUCAGGGCGGCCAGCUGACGCAGGUCCGGGUCAUGAAGGAACCCUCCUACAUGCCGCCGAUCUGGAGUCUGCAGUUUCUGGCGCACGUCACCCAGGGCAUGAUCAGUCCGGUGCCGCAGGAACAGUGGGUCGUGGACUUCCGGCAACCGGCCAGCGCGUACCUGGAGUUCAGACAGAAGGUCGAGGAGAACAAGGUUUCGCUGGAGAACGUGAUCAUCAAGGAAACGGAACACCUCAUCGUCGGCACGGUCAAAGUGAAAAACGUCAGCUACAACAAGGAAGUCAUCGUGCGAUCGACCUGCGAUGGCUGGAAAACGCACGAGGACACCUACUGCACGUACACUGUGGUCGGGAGUGGGCUGGCGUCCGCCUACACGUUACACGACACCUUCUCCUUCAAGCUAACUCUUCCCCCUAAGUCCAGACGGAUUGAGUUCUGCGUUUGCUACAAAUGUGAAGCAGGCGAGUUCUGGGACAACAAUGAUGGUCGCAACUAUUCCCUCACGAACCGCGUCAUGCCUCGGCAGGAGUCUAGCAUAUUCUUCCCCUCGCACCCCUAUAACAGUAGUAGUAGUAACCGUAACAAUAGCAACAGUACCUCCCCCAAUAGUACAAACACGACCACCACCAGUCCCAGCUCCACCACAGUCAAUGGUCAAUGUUCCAGCCUAAGUGCCUAUAGUUCUCAGUAUGUGGACCCAACGGUCGAUCUGGACACGUGGCGUCACAUGCACCCGGAGGCCCACGAUGGACCUUACUGCAUGGACAUCGAAAAAGAACCGGAAAUGGAUGAACACCUCGUGCAGACCCUUCGCAGCUUCCGGGCGGCGUCCCCCGUUUCGACCCUCGGCACGCACCAACAACAGCUGGCGGUCACCGCAGCCCCACCGAUGAGCUGCACCUCGAACCACGCGGCGGACACUCCCGCCAAAACGACCCCGGUGAAAGUUCCGACCCCGAGCUCGUCGCCGCUGCCGAUGCGGCGCACCUCCUGUGCCGAUCAGUUCGUCAGCCGCCAGCAGCAGUUCAACAGCAACCGGGCCAGCUACCCGAGGGCGUCCGGACGGCAGCACUUCAUCCGCGACCGGCAGGAGGACCUCAUGGCCAAUCUGCUUAGCUUGCGGGACUUGUUGUUGAAUCAGAACGUGCAGCAGGUGUGAUGAGGGCACGAUGGACACGGACGCUUUAGGGUAAGGACCAUGGCGGCGGCGCUUCGUCGCCAUGUUUGCUUCAGGGGUGGAAUCUUGAUUGUAGGGUUGUCCCGUACUGCUGCUACUGUUAAAAAGGGGGAAAGUUUCCCGUUUGUUUGUUUUAACUAUCUGUGUAAGUUUAAAGUUUUUUGUUGAAAUAUUUAUAGCCGUGUAUAGGACUAAACCGACUGAAAUUGACCCCCCUUUUGAAUGCAGUGUGUAACGGGGGAGUAGAAUCAGGAAUCUGAGGGGGUGGGUGAGCAGAGCGGCAACCUUUGCCAAAUCGGGCAGUGUAGAUGGCGUUUGCUGGUAUCUAGUAAGCUUGAUUGCCCGGUAACCAUGGCGACCCGCUGUAACGUAUAAUUGUAUAUUAUUUAUUUAUUUUUGAUUUGACACAUCACAUCUUGUUUUGUGCAAGCCGAGAUUAUUGUUUUGUUGGUUAGGCGUUCUACGGCGACCGUGUUGCCAUGGUAUCCAGCUGGAGAUCGGCUAACGCGACUCAAAAAAAAAACAAGAAACCAAUAACCUUCGAAUGAACAGAGAUGAGACAGCCAUAAAAAAUGGAAAAAUGAAAGAAACUAGUUAUAUUUAGUCACAAGAAGAUAAUCACUAUUGCAAUCAUAAUAUGAUAGGAAGCUAGUAGUGGUAGAAGAAGGAAGGAGGAUGUUAGGAGCAGGUACACACGAUGAAGGGAGAUGAAAAAUGGAAACCAAAAGACUGAUUGUGUCCACAAAUUACAUUAAUUUGCAUGUGAGAGAUAGAGAGCGAGAGAGAGAAAGAGCGAGAACGUGGAAGAAAGACAAAAUUUAAGAGGAAGAGCGAACGAAGGAAGAACAAAGAAGAAACAGGUUCAGGAUUUUAUAACAACAGCAAAAGUCUCCCGUAAUUUUUAUGAUUCAUCUUACAAAAAAAUGAAAAACAGAAUGUCAAAUGUCGAAUUUUAGAAGGAGAUAAUAAAUUGUAUCAAAUACUGCUCAGAGACACGGAACGGCCAUAUAUUAUUCAUAAGAUAAAGAAGACCAACAAACUGAAAGUAACAAACUAUAAGGAAAGGCGAAAACUUUCUGCUCAGCGAAGGUUUCAAAACACUCAAGCGGCAAUGUAAAAGACUAGAUAUGUAGGGAAAAUGAGAACUGAUAAAAAUGUCGAAGGGUGCGAUCCGAGGGCACUCCAGGAUUGCACAACCAAGAGAAACUAAAGCAACUGCGGACAAAUCCACGGUCCGAUUAAAACUCGAUCAAAAAUCCCUCAGAAUUUCUGUUGUAAAUACACUUCCUAAAAAAAAAACAUACUUUCUAUACACCUCCCCUUUAGGCUACUUUUGUACGGGACUAAGCAGGGUGGGUUGUCCCCUCUUGCCUACCCGUCGACGAUACGGCUCAAAUAAAUAUAUUUACAUACAUUUAUAACUAUUUAAUAUAUUUAAUCGCACAAGCUGCAAUAAUGAAGAACUGCAUCCUCCGCCUGCACUUGAGAUGAAUCUGACUGAGCUGUCGAUAUAUUUUUCUUUGCCGAUCUGAACCGGUCUAGACUAGCGCUGAAAGCCUAUUGACCAUUCCCGUGGAAUCUAAGAUCCAUUUUGUAUAUUUUUAGCUGAUUUUGACUUUUUUUAAAAAGCUGAAAUUGCUUCGUCAGUUUUCAAUUGUAUGUACCUUGCUCGAAAGUGAUGCGAAUUAGACAUCCCUACCCUAGAGAUAACCCGUUUGUUCAUGUUAGGGCUUUGGGAUGAAUUGGACACGUGUAUCAAGUUUUGGAGUAACUAUAUUACUACUGCUACUACUAAGGCCAGAGGAAAUAAGCUCACCUAGCAUGAAUGAGGAUGAACCAACUAGCAAUCUACUUUUUUCAACGAUAAUUUCAUCCGUAUUCAUCGAAUUCCUCCAGCUUACUGUUCAGAAGCUUGGUAAGGGUUCAUCCUGAUGAAUUAUGUUCACGUUUGAGUUUUAUCAAUCAAAUGUGUUGGAUGUAAAGUUCACCCGAAAUGACUUCAUCAUUCAUCACCUCUACUGAAUGAUGAUAAACUUUUCAAUGGUAAAGUUAAUUUCUUGGGAUGUUCAAUUCGCACAAUGUGUGUACAAGGGGUACAAAUAAAAACAGGAAAAAAUUCAAUUUUUUUUAACUCAAAAGCGAGUGUAUGAAAGUUUAGAAAAUGUCAAUAAUAUUUAUAAACAAAUUGUCUGACAGAGAAAAAUAUAGCAAAAAGGAUGUUAAAUCUUACGGCAAUAGUCUAUUAGCAGAAGCAAAGCAAACACCACAUUUGCUCUGCUGUUGUACAUAGUUGGAACACUUCAAGCUCAGAAAGCAACAACUGGUUAUGUGUUUAUACUUCUACAAAUAGAAACGCUUAUCUAUCGUUACAUUUUUUUAUAUAAAUUUAUUUACUUCACGAAUCAAAUUGGAGGUAAUACAAACAGAUAUCCCGCCAUCUGGGAAACACUGAUCUGCCGAAGCGAGAGCAAUAU